AUGGCGGAGAAGCUCACACUUGCCGAUGACGCAAAGGACAUAUGUGAGGAGGUGGUAGCGCGGCACUUCAUGCCGGUGAUGAGUUACCAACAUGAAAAUGUCCCCGCCAUCGUGACUGCCAUCACGGAGAACGUUGUGCAGCGUCUAACACAGGAGGCGGCGCUCCCUAGAAAGUACAUAGCGCACUGUGUCGUCUUUCAGAAUAAUGGUGCUGGUUUUAACGCCAUUUCGGCGUGUUCUUGGAACCCUGCAAGUGAUGCCUGUUAUGUGCAUCACGCAGAAACUAAGGCAAUGCACUGUGUAUUAACCGUGUAUGGUGUUGUGGCGUAA